UUAGUUUACCUGUAUACAGGUAUUCAAUACAAUACACAAGUUUGGUUUUCUAAAGACUUAUUGGGUGUGUAUUUUUAGAACGCCGGUCUGGGUUGGGUUAAAUCUUGUUGCCUCCAAGAAAGAGGUAAACGGGGAUAUUCCAGGAUUUCGGAGAGAGUGACACGGGAAGGGGAUAGGACAAACCCCCCAAAAUAAAGCCAAGGAUGAGAAGUUUACAUACUCUGCUGUUUCUAGCUGCUGUUCUUCGAUGUGCCCAUGCGCAAAGCACCUGUCCCGCUGCUUCAAGUGGGCCUUGUCUCUACACCAAAAGAGCAAUUUUACCAGUUUCAGGCAGUGCCCCAAACCUUCAUUACUAUAUAGGCGGUCUUUUUGGAGUUCAUGAGAGAGUCAACGAUGCUUAUGCAUGUGCAAGCGCCCCCAUCCGGGAAGAAGAAAUUAUCAAUUUGGAGGCAUUCCUAUGGGCCAUUGAAAAAUAUAAGACCAUUCAUCCCACGGUGUCGAUUGGUGGAGUGGCAUUCGAUACUUGCUCCCGUUACCAACGAACUUUGGAAGAUAUUCUGAGUUUUGAGACGUGCAAGGUUCAACUGAAUGACCUUAACCCGCCUUCCCCACGAAAUCUUUUGGCUUACAUAGGACCAGGUGAUAACUAUGAUGCUAUGUCAUCUGCGCGACUUCUAAAGGAUAUGAAUAAAACACAGGUUAGCUACGCAGCCUCGUCCAGUUUGUUGUCUGACAAAGGAGAGACCUACGAUUUCUUUCUUCGGACAGUCCCCAGUGACGCCAUACACUUAAAAGCCCUGAGUAUGCUAAUCGCUACUCAGCUAAAUGCAAAGUAUGUGCAAGUACUUUAUAUAGAUAACGAAUUCGGACAUGCACAAUUCAAAACUUUCAAAGAGGACAUUGAAAAGCAAACACAGAAAGUCUGUAUCGUUCAUCCGGCUAGUAUUCCUGCAGAACCUUCCGCUGCCGACUUGUCUACCCUGGCUAAUGCUGUAUAUGACAGGAGGUCAGUCAGACAUGUGGUUCUUCUAGCGCCCAAAGGUCUGGCAAGAUCUGUCCUUGAGAAAUUAAAAGAUAAUUUUAAAACCAAAGACCCCGCAUUAUUUUCGAGAAUGAUGUUCUUUGGUACCUGGGACUCCAGUGUCGUAGACGGUCUUGACGUGAGCUCCUAUGCUACCAGUCUACAAAGCCCCACUCCAUUAGACUCUGACGUGGCAGAGUUCUAUCGAUACCUGAAUGCGCUCAAACCCAAAAUUAACACUCGAAACAAAGAAUGGUUUACGGAAUACUGGAACGCAAAACUAAAUUGUGCAACUAGAACCUGCAACGAAGAUGAAACUCUUGAAAACAAAUAUUCGAGAAGUCCCUAUGUACCUUAUACUCUCGCCGCCGUAAAAGCUGUCAUUCAGGGAAUCAAGAACGGUGCAACAAAGGCUUGUAGCACUGGUGAUCUUUGCUCCAACUAUCUCAACACCAACAAUCGUGGUCAGCAGAUAUAUACAGGGAUAAUUAACACAACUGACGGAGCCAUGCAUUAUUUCCAAGCCAGUGGACAAAUGAAAGGGGAUGCUUCUAAUUCUUUUAGUAAUUUAAGAAUUAACCUUUAUGAGGCUCAAGCUGGACGGGCAGUUCAGGUUACUCAUGUUGCCGACUACAACCCUGCAUCAGGACUAAAUUUAUUGGCAACACUGACGACUUUUUCAUCGAGUUGCCCAAACACGCCUUGCCUAGAAUGCAACGAAACCUUGUCAACCACAACUUCAACUGCUAGUCCGACCUCACAAGUCAUGGUUUCCACAACAACAGACCCGACAGAGGGAGGAAAAUAUGCAAUGCUAAGAUACCCUUACGACGAGGAAAUGACGGGGAUAUACGCGCCAAGUGGUGAUAGAGAUCUCUACGGCACCAGAUUUAAAAUUGGUCAGAAGUGGAUUAUUGCUCUAGGUGUUUUAGCAGGUUUAGGAAUUCUAGCCGUUCUUGUCUUUGAAGUGUAUAUUCUCUAUAAGUUGAUUGGUACAAGUAUUGGUCGACAAUGGCGUACUAUGUGGCUUGGUCAGUUGUUAUUGCUAGGAAUACUCUUGUCCUACUUGACUUUGUUUGCUUUUAUCUUUAUACCUACCGAUGCUACAUGUGGUAUAACAAGAUUUGGGGUAGGUUUUUGUUAUGCCAUUAUUUUUGCUGUUCUGUUAGUAAAACUCAUGGUUCUUUUAACAUCGAAAUCCUCUGAAUCCAUAUUUGCUGAUAUGGAAUCCCCAAACUACCUCAAGGGUAUCUAUCAGUUCCUAAUGUUCAUGUUUGCUGUUGGAGUCCAAGUUGUUAUCAACGUACAGUGGCUUAUCCAGGUUCCACCAUAUGCUGUGAAAGUCACGGCAAAUUAUGGCGGAGAGGAAUGGAUUUGCAACCAUUUCACAUGGCAAGCUAACAAAGGAUGGAGUGAUAUGCAAGAUUUUGUAAGGACACCAUUUGAAAACCAUCUUCUCUCCCUUUUGUACAUUAUGUUCUUAAUUCUCAUGACAACCAUUGUUGCAAUGAAAGCCCAUGGUAUUAUUACAAAUCACAGAGAAAGUGUCUUUAUUGGGAUUGCAGCUGGAUUUUCUAUUCCUGUUUGGAUUGCAUGGGGUCUGGUCGGAGGACUGAACCGCGACGAUGCCUAUGGCCACGAAUACGGCGAUGCCUGUAUUGCCUUCGGACUUUUUACCACCGCAACUCUUUGUCUCUUUUCUUUAUUUUUACCCAAAGUUAGACAACUUGUGAAUAUGGGUGUAGAGGGAAUUUAUCUGGAGGAUGACCGCGAUACCUACUACGCAGGUUCGGUGGUCAUGGCCCCACCUAGCUACAAGAGCAGGCCAAGCUCAAUGGUGUAUGUUAACUCCGCAGAAUACUCCAACCCGGUUGUCAUUGGCAACGGAGAUCCAAACCACCUUAAACACCCGGGCAGUAUGUACAGCGGGCACAGCGCCCCCGUGUACACCAAACGGAACGAUAUGGGAAGCAGUCGUGUUCUAAGGGUUACUGGAGAUUUGACAGGAAAACACCCUACAGAGCGCAAACGCCCCGUAUCAGAAAUAGGAUAUACCGGAUACGCCGGUUCCUACAGGAAAACAAGAUCAGAAAGCGGAGGAACACUCAGAAAAGCCCGGUCACAACGUGAACUCGGUGCUCUUUGAAUGAAAUGAAGUAAUAAAAAAAUAAUUCAAGACUUUGAUAACUCUUGUAAAACCAAUUAUAAAAGUAAACAGCCAAUCAACCUAUGAAGAUAGGCAUUAUGGACAAGUACCUAAAAGUAAAGAAAUGCCUGUUAGCAAUCGAACACGCGUGCUGGUUGUAUUCGAUUGUAGUACGGAAUUACUUGCCAAUGUGAUAGCCAAGAGGUAUUGGCUCAACUAUAUUACAAAAUGUGUACCUAUUUUCACCUUUACUUUUUCUGUUUUUCACCAUAGCUUUUUGAUAUAUUUUUCUUUAUAGAUUAAAAGACAAUCUGAUUACAAUCAGCUGUUUUGAUAAGUUGCGCUUAUGGACGUAUCAGAACAGCUGAUUUUAAUCAUUUUGAUUAAAAUAUUGCAUAAUACAAUUUAACGGUAUAGUACAUUCGUCUCUGUUGAUGAAUCUCAUUUUCUUAUAUGGAAUUCUACAUGUAUAAGACAUUUACUUCUUAAUUAAUAUUCUUUUUUUCAUUGGGAAGACAUCUAUAUAUACAUUUUUUUGUACAUAACAUUAUAUAUGUAAUUACAUGUACAAUGUACUCUGAUCUGUGUGAUAAUAGUGCUUCUGCAAGAUGCAUGCAUGAUGUGCGUAAAGGUGUACAUGUAAGUACCUAUGAAAAGUUCGUAUGUGAUUGUUUAUUUUGAUAGUGUGUUUUUGCUUAUCAGAUUUGUACGUCAAAACAUUCUAGGUGAAAUAUAUAUUUAUAUGUAAUAAAAUCUAUUUUGUACAAAAGAAAAA